AUGGAACUUGCCAAGGACAAGACAGAUGCCACCACAAAGGACACAUCCUUGUGGGGCGGUGCUCCCCAGUAUGCCUAUGUCCACUAUGAACGUUGCACCAGUUAUGGGAUCCCGUCCGAGGCAGGGCACGAGACCAGGGGGAUUGGAGAUGACGCACUUUACCAGGAGAAGCCCCUCAACCACUUGCAGCUCUAUGGCCAGUACACAGAGCAGCUCCCCAGUCUUUCCCAGAAGGAAGCAGCUAAACUCCUGGGAGAGACGAACCCCCAGGGCAAUGGCCAGGGACCUCUGAAGCCAAGCGCUCAGGCGAAAAUCAAGGACGAGCACAGCUCCAGGUGUCACGCCUGUGCUAAAAGCAUCAAGAAAUAUAUUACCAAGAAGCUGGGAGAAGACUGGGUAUUCCUGAUCCUUCUGGGUCUUGUAAUGGCCCUGGUCAGCUGGGGAGUGGAUUAUGCCAGUGCCAAGAGUCUGCAAGUUUACAAGUGGAUGUACAAAGAGCUGCACCCAAGUAUUCCUAUGCAGUUCCUGGCCUGGGUCACCUACCCGCUCAUCCUCAUCCUUUUUGCUGCCCUCUUCUGCCAGCUUGUAUCUCCGCAAGCCGUGGGCUCUGGGAUUCCUGAGCUGAAGACUAUUAUGCGGGGAGUUGUCCUCAAGGAGUACCUGACACCUAAAGCUUUUCUGGCCAAAGUUGUGAGCCUGACAGCUGGCCUGGGAAGUGGGAUACCUGUUGGGAAAGAGGGGCCCUUUGUGCACAUCGCCAGCAUCUGCGCUGCCGUCCUCAGCAAAUUCAUGUCCAUCUUUUGUGGUGUAUAUGAGCAGCCAUAUUAUUACACAGACGUCCUGACUGUGGGAUGUGCAGUGGGUGUUGGCUGCUGUUUCGGGACACCUCUUGGAGGGGUGCUCUUCAGUAUUGAAGUCACUUCCACCUAUUUUGCUGUUCGUAACUAUUGGCGUGGAUUCUUUGCAGCCACAUUCAGUGCCUUUGUUUUCCGGGUCUUUGCUGUCUGGAACAAAGAUGCAGUUACCAUCACAGCCCUGUUCAGAACAAACUUCCGCAUGGAUUUUCCCUUUGACUUGCAGGAGCUGCCGGCUUUUGCUGUAAUAGGGAUCUGCUCUGGCUUCCUCGGAGCAUUUUUUGUUUAUUUCAAUCGGCAGGUGGUUUUGUGUGUGCGUCGACAUACGGCCCUAAGUCAAUUCCUAACCAAAUAUCGUCUUAUAUAUCCAGCAGUAAUAACGUUUGUGAUAGCAUCUGUGACUUUCCCACCAGGCUUUGGACAAUUUAUGGCUGGUGAGUUGAUGCCCAGAGAAGCUAUCAGCAGCCUCUUUGAUAACUUCACCUGGGUAAAGCACACUGAGGACCCCCAGAUCCUGGGGAAAUCUGCUGUUUGGAUCCAUCCCAACGUCAGUGUGUUUGUCAUCAUCCUUCUUUUCUUCCUCAUGAAGUUCUGGAUGUCUGUUGUCGCUACUACCAUGCCAAUACCCUGUGGAGGCUUCAUGCCCGUGUUUGUGUUGGGUGCUGCCUUUGGACGCCUGGUGGGUGAAAUCAUGGCCUGGUUUUUCCCUGAUGGGAUUCUCUUUGAUGGCAUCGUGUACAAAAUCUUGCCUGGAGGUUAUGCCGUGAUUGGAGCUGCGGCCCUGACUGGUGCAGUGAGUCACACGGUGUCCACAGCAGUGAUUUGCUUUGAGCUGACAGGGCAGAUCUCCCACAUCCUGCCGAUGAUGGUGGCUGUCAUCCUUGCCAACAUGGUGGCCCAGAGUCUGCAGCCAAGCCUUUAUGACAGCAUCAUCCAAGUGAAGAAAUUGCCCUACCUGCCGGACUUGGGCUGGAACCAAAUAAGCAAAUACAACAUCUUUGUUGAGGAUAUUAUGGUAUGUGAUGUCAAAUUCGUCUCCUCUAAUUGCAAAUACCGAGAUCUGCAGGAGAUACUCCAGAACACUACUGUGAAAACCUUCCCUUUGGUGGAUUCCCCAGAGUCCAUGGUUCUGAUGGGCUCCAUAGAGCGGCCAGACCUCAAGGCCCUUCUGCUCCGGCACCUCAGCCCUGAGAGGCGUCUGCGCCUCGCCAAGGAGAGGCAGCAAAAGUUGGCUGAGUCACCCUAUGAUGGGCAGAGGUGGAAGCUUGAGUCAUUUGCCUUUGUAGAUGAGGAUGCAGAUGAAGAAGAAAAGACUGAGCUUCCACAGCAGCCUCCAUUAGCUUCCAGUUACUCAGAAGAACCAAAUGGCCCAGUGACUCCUCAUAUACCGUUACCAGAGAUACCACCACCUCAUGAAGCUCCCCGCCGGAGAUUCUGGAGCUUGAGGAGACUGAUGCAGCAGCUUCUGUGCCUUUAUCAUCCUCCACCUCAGCCAGAGACUGUUCAGCAGGAACCAGUAGAGGUUGAAGACCCAAUGAAGCGAGAGGAGAUAGAAGCUUGGGAGCAGGAGGAGCUAGACAAAGAGGUGUGCUUCGACAGCUGCCGCAUAGACCCUUCCCCCUUCCAGCUGGUGGAGAGAACAUCCCUGCACAAGACACAUACGCUGUUCUCAUUGCUGGGACUCACCCAUGCCUAUGUAACCAGUUUGGGGAAGCUAAGAGGUGUUAUUGCACUGGAAGAGCUCCAGAAAGCAAUCGAAGGCUCCACACGCUCUGGUGUCCACCUUCGUCCUCCCCUUGCAAGCUUCCGUGAUGCUACCCGGACCGCGAGCAGCAAGGAGCAAGCCAAAUGGACUGCACAGAUGUGGAGCACUCAGAACAGCAAGGUGGCACCAGGGGGAACCAUGGUGGACUCGGGGACAGAGAGCUCAGUGGCACCCCCCUCUCCUAUCCCCCCACCAUCUCUCAUCCCGAACGAAGGGAAAGGGAUACGCUCCACCUCCGUUGCUGAUAUGGAACUGGAGGAAAUGGAGCUUUCAGGUCCAGCUGAGGAGAACAUCUCCAACAUCCUCAAGGACCUCAACCUGUGUGCCACAGACCGGGAUGAGGAUGACGACGACGAAGAUGAUGAUGUGCCACUAUAA